AUUUACUGGAUGACUUGCUUUUGGAAUUUAGGAACAGUGAAGACAGGAAACAGAAGAAAUAAUCAAGAAAACUUCCUUGGCUUCAGUGAGUACCUGGCUCAAAGUCAGAAAUAUUUACUUCAGUUUAAACUAGAAAGUUUGUCUUUUCAACAUUAUUUAAUGCUUGGAAGCAUUCAUACUUGAUUAAAAUACAUAGUUGAAAACUUUCCCUAUUUUUUGAUGAGUUUUGUCCUUUUUUUUCCUUCAAACUUUUUCAAGGCUCAAGCAAUGACACCAUCACAAUUGUUAAUUAUUUGGUAAACUGUGACUUCCUUGAAACAGACAAGUUGUCAGUGACCCUUGUUCAUGUGUCCAUGACUAAUGUGUUGUUAUCUGGACUGUUCUGGAAAAAAAAUCUGGACACUGUUGGUCUGAGUUGGAAACAGAAUGGCUGGGGCAGAACCAUUUUUAGCAGGUAGUUUUUCCAGCAAAGAUUGUUUAUUGAGAGAGAGAAAACCAUUCUCAGGAAAGUUUACCUCAAGUUCAGUGAAUGGCAAUCAGGAAUUAUUUCCCUGUGAAGUCUGUGGAAGACGCUUCGCAGCAGAUGUUCUGGAAAGGCAUGGACCAAUAUGUAGAAAACUCUUCAACAAAAAGCGUAAACCUUUCAAUUCCUUGAAACAAAGAUUACAGGGCACUGACAUUCCCCUUGUGGGGAAAGCUCUUCAAUCCAAGCCUCGACCUGUAAGGAAAUCUGACUGGAGACAACAGCAUGAAGACUUCAUUAAUGCACUUCGAUCAGCCAAGCAGUGUACAUUAGCCAUUAAAGAAGGCCGGCCUCUCCCCCCUCCACCUCCUCCAUCCAUCAACCCAGAUUAUAUUCAGUGCCCAUAUUGUAUGAGGAGGUUUAAUGAAACUGCAGCCAGUCAACAUAUUAAUUUCUGCAAGGAUCAGUCUUCUCGCCGAGUCUUUGAUCCAGCCCAGACGGCAGCCAAGCUGGCAUCCAGAGCUCAGGGCAGGGCUCAGACAGCUCCAAAGAAAGAACCGACCGUAACCAGUGCCGUGGGAGCUCUGCUACACAACAGGGCCCUGGAGGCCUCGAGUGUGGUCCCAACCAGGCCAGGAUUAGCAGUGGACCCUGCUUCUGGAGCAAAAUUGAGACAAGGAUUUACUAAGUCUUCCAGAAAAGAUUAACUCCUACAGGCCAGACUGGCUUCUUGAAAUUCGUCAGCCUGCACGGCUGUGUACCCAGGAAUGCCACCUAAGGGGAAGGAACAGUAGACGUCUGUUGACACGCCCAUGAUUCCUCUCAAGACAUCACGUAGAACAAGGAAUUUUCAUUAGGAAUUAAGCCAUUUUUCCUGUCUAAAUUUAAGGAGGAGAAUCCCAAACUACUCCCAUGUGUAGUGCAGCAAACACAACAUCUGAAACUCCUGUGAUCUGUUAUUUUGGGGACUAAAUGCUGUUUCAUGCCAGGUAGAUCAGGUGUGUUCUGGAGCUGACUGAAGAAGACUACACCAUGUGGAAGUAUCUGAAGUGGACCUUGGGAGGCUUUGGUUGAGGUGAACCACUACUCUCUCUCUCCUCUUGCUGUGGGAGAUUUCCUUCCCUUGGAGAGGUUAAACUGUAGUUUAACAGUCCACCAUGUCAGCUCCACAUGCACCAGUCCAGCCUCAGGGAGCUUGUCUGCAAUCGUCCCGCCCUUUAUGGUCAUCAGCAUCACUGUUAAGUGCGGAGGCUUCCAGAGAGGGUGCUUCCCUCAGUAUCAGUGCUUUGAAGGACUUUGGUAGCAAGUCUCUAUCAUCAAUGAAAAACUAUACAGAAACAUCAGCGGGAGAAAGAAGAUGAUACUCAGAACCUUCAGGAAUGGGAUGAAGCAAUGGGAAGGGCAUAAGCACAGCAAUCUAAGCCUCAGAGAGCACCGAAGACCAAGUGGAGCCAAAGUCCAAGGGGCAAGGACGACCCAGGACUGAUGACCAGGGAGACAGGCGUCAGGAAUCCACUAUGAGCAACGGACUUGUCGUCAGAGUACACGCUUCAAGAAUAAUUCUGGUAGGGAUGUGUACAAUGUACUGCAGCAUGCUGGGACCAUUUUGGCUUCUGCCAUAUCUCAGAAGACAUAACAGUGGCACAGAGAGGAAGUGAGGGCAGGGUGAAAAGACACCUAGUAAACAGACUCAUUAGAUUAGGACUUUAGGUUAGGUCAGAGGAAAGAGGUGAUGGUGGUGGCGGAGAGGGAAAGGAAGGAUGAGCCCCAGGAGAAAAAUCCAGCAAAACACAGGAGUUAGGAGUUCAGUUGUAGACGUGUUGGGUUUAAUGGUGCCUAAUGGGCAUUCAGGCCAGCAAGGAGCCCUACAGCAACGAGGAGGAGCUGAGCUACUCUUCUAGAAUGAAAUAGAACGAACGGCACCCUUUGGCUUCGGGGAAGUGGAUCCCAUUCUGAAUCUGGCUUCUGUAAGUGACUUUAUAAAUUACAUGGGUGGCCUCAGAUCCCGUCAGUAAGCUCAAAUGAUCGUCAACCUUGAUCAACAGAGUUUGUUCUCCCCAGAGUGGUUUGGUAAAGUGGGUUGUCCUGGGGGUGAGGAGGAAUUUGUUUUCUUUCCGGCAGGCUGCAGCUAGACUGACCCUCCCCUAGGAUAUCCACUCUGCACCUGGAACAGGGCGGAAGCAGGCUUGUGGGGACAGGUAACCCUCAGAGGCGCCAAUCACAGAAGGAGCCUUCCGCCUCUAAACUCUGCCCGUUCCUCUUGGGUAAAAUAGGGUCGUGACAAGGCUACGGCAAUAAAAAUAAGCAAAAUGAGAAUUAAGACUGCAUUAAAAAAAACCUGAUAAGAUGUUCCAGAACAAUUUCUGGAUGGCAAUAGUAUAAAACAAGACUCUAAAAGCUCAAAACCCCUGUGUCGUUGCCCACUCUACUAGAAGAAGGUAGGCUUUUCAGAGUGGGAGCCUUUCUUCGUCAUAAUACAGUUAGCAGACUGAGGAUAAUAUCUAACCUAUUUAAUAGUCAAGGCUAGCCACUGGGGGCUACCUGGAGGUGGGGUGAGGAAGGCAGGAGGAGAAGAGAGAGAAGGGGGUAGAGAACACCAAAAGAACUCUGUCUCAGCUGGAUCGGGAGGAGCCCAGGAACGUGAGCCUCAGAGCCGCAGAAGCCUAAGAGAAGCCCCACCACCAAGGGGACAGGCCCCGGGCGCCACGGCGGCGGUGCCUCAACGGAAGCAGGUCUGCGAGCACCCACGCCCCUCUCCCGGACAGAGCGGCAGCGGGGGUCGCACGGCGGAGCCGCCUCGGAGCGGCCAAAGCGCUUCGACGGCUGCCGUUCCGCGUAAUACCGUCGGAAAGCAGGGAAGGAAACACCUUUGCAGACCUGUGAGUUAGGUAGAAAGGCGUCUUCAUCCCUACCUAACAGACGAGGAAACUGAGGUGCAGAGACUUAAGUUCUCAGCCCAGAGGAACGAAGAUACUGCAAGUAACGUACUACACGAAGCCAAGUACCUGGCGCACUCCUGGUGAGUAAAGAGCUUGCAGUCAAGUUACGUCAGUGUGAAGGGACAUUUCUACAUCCCGGAGACUGAAUUCAUACUGGCUCCUCAGCCUCUGUUUUGGACCGGCCCCCCUUCACUCUAGUCAUGAUUCUUCUAACAUGCAAACGUGCGCCUGCUUGGAAUUCUCCAGUGGGCCCGCUGGUUUCUGUCAACUGCAACCAAGAGCCCUGACUACACGGAUCCACAGAAAGCUGUUAAUCAGGAGAGCACUAUGCGCAGGCUGUCCUACUGAGACUGCAGACAGCAGGUGCCCAGAUUAUGCUCCUGGGUCUACCCAUUCUCCACAUUAAAAUCGGUAAAAUAGUAAUUCCCUGGGGGAAAAAAAUCCACAAAAAGCAAACAAAACUGUACACAAAAAGAAUAAAGGCAAUAGCUGAACACUGAAGUUUCUCUAUAAAACUGCUCCCCGGGAGCUCUAAGUCUCCCCUGAACCAGAGCUGAUGACACUCGUGCACACUUUGAGCUGAACACACGGGACAAAUGACCGUUUUAGGGAAACGACAUAAAAUGACGAUCAUCUUAAUGUGGUUCUAAUUUACAUGUUGAUUGUGUGUGUGUCUGUUUUAUGAAUCACUUUUAAUUCCUGUGCUCAAACAAAAGGAAAAAAAUUACCUUGGUAGAUGCCACAUAAUGGAUCAAUUAAGUUACUCCCCAAAUAAAGUACAUUUUGUUAUAGUAUAAA